AUGGCGGCGCUGGGCGGGGACGGGCUGCGCCUGCUGUCGGUGCCGCGGCCCGAGCGGCAGCCCGAGGCGGCGGCGCUGGGCGGCCCGGGCGCCGGGCUGUGCUGCUGGGUGUCGGUGUUCUCCUGCCUGAGCCUCGCCUGCUCCUACGUGGGCAGCCUCUACGUGUGGAAGAGCGAGCUGCCCAGGGACCACCCUGCCGUCAUCAAGCGGCGCUUCACCAGCGUCCUGGUGGUGUCCAGCCUGUCCCCUCUGUGCGUGCUGCUCUGGAGAGAAGUCACGGGCAUCCAGCCAGGCACACCCCUGCUCACCCUGAUGGGCGUCAGGCUGGAAGGCAUUUUCCCCGCUGCCCUGCUGCCCCUGCUGCUGACCAUGAUCCUUUUCCUGGGCCCACUGAUGCAGCUCUCUAUGGAUUGUCCCUGUGACCUGGCAGAUGGCUUGAAAGUUGUCCUAGCCCCACGCUCCUGGGCCCGCUGCCUCACAGACAUGCGUUGGCUGCGGAACCAAGUGAUCGCGCCCCUGACCGAGGAGCUGGUGUUCCGGGCCUGCAUGCUUCCCAUGUUGGCACCAUGCACAGGCCUGGGCCCUGCUGUGUUCACCUGCCCACUUUUCUUCGGAGUUGCUCACUUUCACCACAUUUUCGAACAGCUUCGCUUCCGCCAAAGCAGCAUGGGAAGCAUCUUCCUGUCUGCAGCUUUCCAGUUCUCCUACACCGCUGUCUUCGGAGCCUACACUGCUUUUCUCUUCAUCCGCACAGGACACCUGAUUGGGCCGGUUCUCUGCCAUUCUUUCUGCAAUUACAUGGGCUUCCCCGCUGUGUGUGCAGCCCUGGAGCAUCCGCAGAGAAGGCCCCUACUGGCUGGCUAUGCCCUGGGUGUGGGCCUCUUCUUGCUUCUGCUCCAGCCCCUCACGGACCCCAAGCUCUAUGGCAGCCUUCCCCUUUGUGUGCUUUUGGAGCGGGCAGGAGACUCAGAAGCACCCCUCUGCUCCUGACCCAGGCUCUUGUGCCACUCCUAUGAACUCUCAUGGGCUUCCCAGCCCUCCUCAGCAAGGGGAACGUAGGGGAGGAGCCGGCUGGGGUCCCCGAGAUCUCAGGAAUUUUUGUAGGGGAUUGAAGCCAGAGUUGAAUCCCAGGGACCAAGAGAAGGAGCAGAAAGCCAAAGGCUGCAGCCCCACCGGAAAGGGGCUGAGGAGCAACUGGGAGUGGGAGACCAGGGGAGGCCCCAGGAGCCAGGCCCUCCCCCCUUUGCCCUCCCUCCGGACUGCUCUGAACUCCUCUGCCCCUGAAUACUGCUCAGGGGAGGCAGUUAGGCGACUCCCGACUUCCCAGAGUUUUCUCACUGUCUUUUUUUGCAUCAGGACUUUGUAUCGGGACAUUAAAGAGAUUUAAUUUGGGUAA